CCCGGUUGCUGACUCCGCAAAUCCACUGCCUUUGCAAAAAGGAUCGACCACCGCGCGGCCUAUAAAUGCCGCCCUCGCCUGCUGCACUCCGGUACCAAUCCGCAAUUCCUUACACGCUAGGCCAUCACCAGAGCAACGCAGGAGGUAGCGACAGAUCAGCCCAGCUCUGCUCUUGCAUUGAGCUUGUGUUGUUGUGAGCUUAGCAGUGGCCAUGAGGAAGUCGAGCAGUGGACAUGUCAUCGGAGUCCCGGUGACCUCCAAGGCGUAUGGCAUAGAGGAGGUCUCCAGGGAUCAGUCGUUCAGGAAGGGUGACGGCGAUCACCUCGCUGUCUCGUUGACGCACCCCAGUCCUUAUGCGUCUUUCGACUAUAAGCACAGCAGUAAGGGCCAGGUGAUCCACUGGGUGAGCAAGCUGAGCAGAAGGGCACAAGGCUUCAGAGAGCAUGUAUCCUUAGGGCCAAAGCUAUCGGAAACCGUGAAGGGGAAGCUGAGCUUGGGCGCGCGGAUCCUGCGGGCCGGCGGGGUCGAGCGCGUGUUCCGGCAGGCGUUCUCGGCCGAGAAGGGCGAGCGGCUGGUGAAGGCGCUGCAGUGCUACCUCUACACCACCGGCGGCCCCAUCGCCGGGAUGCUCUUCGUGUCCACCAAGAAGGUCGCCUUCCGAAGCGACCGCCCCGUCACGGUCACCUCGCCCAAGGGCGACACGGCGCGGGUGACCUACAAGGUGGUGAUCCCGCUAAGGAGGAUCGAGAAGGCGCGGCCUAGUGAGAACGUCGACAAGCCGGAGGAGAAGUACAUCCACGUCGCCACGGUGGAUGGGUUCGAGUUCUGGUUCCUGGGGUUCGUGAGCUACCAAAGGUCGUGCAAGUACAUGCAGCAGGCCAUCUCGGAGCUGCAAUGACUGCAUGGCCGCCUGGUUGAUGAGAGGUCCGGCGCUUGCCCUGUCGGCACGAUGAGAAGAGAAGUUGUGGGCUGCUUCGCCGUCUUUUGUUGUGAAGUAGCCCUAUCUCAGAUGCUCUAUCUAAUUUCGGAUCAGAGCAAUCGAGUUCCUUCCGCGUACGAUUUGGAUUAACUUAUGCUGCUAUAAGUGGGUGCUUUUUAGCAUGGACCGCGAAAUUAA